AUGGACAUGACGAAAAAAGUGAAUAUCGUUACUGCUACAGGGGGAUCGGUAACUCCAGAGCCGGCGGUUGGGGGCACGCGCGCGCCCCAAAAGUCGUUAUCAUCGUCUGGCGCGGAAAGUGUGGAUGUGUUGAAACAGGCAUCCACCGCCAACCAAGGGGUUGGUAACAUGACUGUUGGUGCAGGUGCUAAGCAGGCCUGCACCGGCGACCGGAAAGUCGCUUCGGCUACUGCGGAGGCCACGCUGGAGUUGGAUUAUGAAUCGGCAACCGAGGCACUGAGGGCGGCAACGAAGCAGCUAGGGUCGAAGCUCUGCCUACAACAGGGUGGUUUGGACCUCCUGUCCGAAAAGGCGUCCCAUCUCGAGCUUGUCUCUAAAAAGAGCCAGAGCCCCACAGUAAGAUCGGCGAUUAAAGAAAUACUGGAGGCGGUCAAAGGGAUUCAGAAAUGCCGAGCCGAAGUAACAUCGGCGUUUAGCCUGUCGCUGCGGUGUGUGAAGGCGCUGAUGAAUACUGGUGGCGUGAGCGCACUUACCAAGCGUGAGGGUAAAGACGCGGCUACCAGCACGAGAUCCCUCGGUGCAAUUGUUGUCCGGGGAAGUAAGGAUGCUGCCACAAACACUGAUUCCCCGCAAGCAGUACAUAAGGCAGAGCUGCACCAGGGACAACAGCAACAGCGGCGGGAGAACAGAAAGAAACGGCAACGAAAACAG